AUGACUCGCCGUCAAAUUCAUCACGUGGCCGUGAUUGGCGCAGGAAUCAGCGGCGUUGUCUCGGCUGGGCAUCUGCUCGCUGCUGAAAUUGAGGUUACGGUGUUUGAGAGGAAUCAUGCUGCAGGGGGUGUCUGGUUGUACGACGAGCGCAAGCCCCUUGAACCCGUCUUUCCUUCCGUCCAUCCCUCCCGCGCUGAACAAUAUACGGAUGCAGCAUCAGAUGUUAGGGAUAAGCGUGUCCUAGAACAUGCGCCUCCUGGGCCAUGCUACGAAGGGCUCAGGAACAAUGUUCCGACACCCUUGAUGCGAACAAAGCUUAAUGCCUGGCCAAGCGGCACACCUGACUUUGUGAGUCACGUUGUCAUGAAGGAAUAUAUUCAAGAUACGUCAAAGGAGGCCGGCGUUGAUGGUAUUACUAUCUAUGGUGCGAGGGUGAAAAAGCUGCGCAAGCAGGACGACCGAUGGGAGGUCACUUGGUCCACUCUCCGUGAAGAGGAGGGAAGUGAAGUCGUGCAGGAGGAGGAGCACAACGAAAUAUUUGACGCAGUCGUCGUCGCCUCUGGCCACUACCACGCGCCACGUAUUCCCGACAUUCCUGGCUUGCCGGAAUCGAAGGCACUAUGGCCGUCUCGAAUCCUUCAUUCAAAAGGAUACAGAAGGCCCGAAGGAUUUGAAAAUAAGAACAUCCUCCUUGUCGGCGGCGGCGUAUCCUCGACAGACAUUGCUCGCGAGAUAGGGCCAAUCGCCAAAAGCGUAUAUCAGAGCACCCGCAACGGUGAAUUUGACCUGGCUGCUUCAGUACUUCCUGAAAAUGGAGUAAGAAUCAGCGAGAUUGCCAAAUUUGAGUUGCAAAGCGACAAGCCGGUACUGGAAGAUGAGCAUUUGCCCUUGAUCGUCCACCUCAAGUCGGGUCAGAAGCUAUGCGGUAUUGACGGCAUAAUUAUCUGCACCGGCUACCACAUCACGCUGCCCUUUCUUCAGGAAUAUCACGAUGAUGAGACCUCCCCCGCGGAUGCAAAUGAAACAGUUCUUGUGACGGACGGUACGCAGGUGCAUAACCUUCACAAGGACAUCUUCUACAUUCCCGACCCGACAUUGGUGUUCGUAGGCGUCCCAUACUACACAGCAACAUUCACGUUGUUUGAGUUCCAAGCCAUCGCUGUUGCAGCCGUCUUCUCUGGCAUUGCUCAGCUGCCUCCUGCCGAAGAGAUGAGGGCGGAAUAUCUUGCUCGCAUCAAGGCGAAAGGGAGUGGGCGGGGAUUCCACUCACUCAGGAAUGUGGAGGAGCACUACGUAGCAGAUAUCUUGGACUGGGUGAAUAAGGCUCGGGCUUCUCACGGAUUAGCAGCCACUGAAGGGCAUACUAAGACAUGGUUAGAGGCGAAGGAAGCACAGAGAGAGCGACUGAAACAGCUUUUUGGGGGUGGAGAGAGGAGAGAUAGUGGGGUGGGCGAGUUCCCGGUGUUGGAGACGUGUAGCUAA